AUCCGAGUCGUUUAGAGAAACCUGUUGGACAAGAUGUCAGAGCAGCAAACGGAUUUCCUGCUGCUGGUUCCCCGGUACAGAUCGACCCAAAGCCUCCGGCUCGCUGAGUAUUUGUUUUUCACACCUUCUGGGUUCUGAGUGGAGCGGUUCUGGUCGGGAUCUGGGAGAGUUUCGGCUCUGAAUCUGGAUCGUUCUGACUUGUUCUGUGGGGAAGUCGUGUGACUGAAGCCGAUGGAGUUCGCCUGCGGGUUUGUUUACGUGCCGCCGUCGCUGAGCCGGAGAGAAGUCCAACGAUCCGGCGGCAACGCAGCCAAACGCUCAGCCCUCCUUCCUCCGGUUAAAGCCUUUCGUCCUCGUCGUGCUCCUCCUCCUCCGCCCCCCACCCAGCCGGCCGACCCGCAGGUCAAAGCGCCGCCGUCUCCUAAAGCUUCGUCUCAGAAAACCUCUGGACAGCAGGAGAGAAACCAGAAAGUCGGAUCCUCCAAACCCGUUUCUCUCUUCAACCGUCCAGAACUUCAGCCAAGACCAGAGGCGGAUUCUUCUCCAGCGACGCCUUCCAGAAAGACCGCCCUUCUGCCGCCAUUUAUCAAGCCUGCAGCGAAUCCUGAUCCCAACAAACAACCUGAACCGCCUCAAACCUCCAGCAACAACAUCCAGUCGCUUUGGUACGUCGACACAAAACAUGAAUCAGGUCCAAACAUGGAGACGACGGAGGACCUCUACUCCUACACUUUACCAGAAGGCCGAGGCGGAGAGGCCAAGCUUCCUCCUGAUAGAGGAAUCGCGCUUGGAUCUGCCCUUCUGCCGCCAUUUAUCAAGCCUGCAGCGAAUCCUGAUCCCAACAAACAACCUGAACCGCCUCAAACCUCCAGCAACAACAUCCAGUCGCUUUGGUACGUCGACACAAAACAUGAAUCAGGUCCAAACAUGGAGACGACGGAGGACCUCUACUCCUACACUUUACCAGAAGGCCGAGGCGGAGAGGCCAAGCUUCCUCCUGAUAGAGGAAUCGCGCUUGGAUCUGCUCCACCUCUGCCUCCAAGACCUUCAUUUAUGCCUCCAGCCCCAGAGUACGUGAUGGUUUUACCUGCAGCGCCUCCUUCAUCCAAACCUCCGCUUCCUGCAAGUAAAGAUAAGGGCCCUCUGCCUGGAAAUCCCAAUAUUGUUCUUAUCAGCUUAGGAAAGUUGCUGUCAGAGGAAAGAGAGGUUCCCAGUCAUGGGAAGCCCAUAAUGUGUUCAGAGUGUGGGUCAGUUCUGGACAGCGAGGCCAAAAACCAGGUUAAAGUGUGCUACUUUUGUCAGAGUGAGGAUUUAACUAGACCGUCCAGACUUCCUGUAAGUGUGCAGAAAGAUGAUGUGUUUCUGCUGAACCCUGGAGAGCAGCCGCAGUCCACCGCCGACUCGCUGCUGCUGUUCUGCAUCGACACGUCCGGCUCCAUGAGCAUCACCUCCGAGGUGUCAGAAUCAGGGCAGAACAUCCAAAGAACCAGACUCGAGUUUGUCCAAGAAGCUGUGCUGCAGUGUGUUCGGAAGCUGAGCCACCAGCGGCCGGAGGUUCGAGUUGGACUCAUCACUUUCAACUUCCAGGUCACUGUGUACGAAUGCAGCAGUUUCCAGUUGUAUCAUCUCAGCGGCGCCGAGCUGAACGACAGGGGCUUCCUGAUGGAGGCCGCGGCCGGAAUGGCCAUGCCGCUCCCACUGUCACAGACUAAAGAUUACUUAGAGAGACACAUUUCAGGAUUAUCAGCAAAUGGAGAAACGGCUCUGGGUCCAGCUGCCCUGGUUGCUGUUUCAAUGGCCUCCAGGCUGCCAGGGUCAAAGGUGAUUAUCUGUACAGAUGGAAAAGCCAACGCAAAACUAGGGAAUCUAGAAGAUGAGGACAACGACGCUCGCGCUCUGCUCUCGUCCACCAUCUUCUACCAGAACCUGGGGGAGUCCGCCGCCACCCAGGGGGUGACCGUGUCCGUGCUGUCCAUAGAAGGAACGGACUGCCGACUGGAUGAACUGGGAAGACUGGCGGAUCGAACUGGAGGAAAAGUGGUAAUAGCCAGUCCCAACCAGCUGCACUCAGAGUUUGAAGAGAUCAUUGAAAACAGGACCGUAGCUACACACUGUGCCGUAACGCUCCUGGUGCCCAAAUCUCUGCGGCUGAAAGGAGAGAGGGAGGUGGGACACAAAGGGACCAGAGAGGUGGGGAAUGUGAACACUGAUACUGAGGUCACCAUGCAGUUUGGAGCCCAGCAACACACAGAAGUGGCGCCGCCGGCUUGUGGCAGCCGCGUCGCCGUGCAGCUGCAGGUCCGGUACCGGAGGAACGGUCAGGCUCUGCUCCGGGUGUUCACUGCAGAGAGGGAGGUCACCGACGACAGCUCGGCGGCGCUGUCCUCCCUCUCCCUCGCCAUCGUUCAGCUCAGCUCGCUGCAGGCCAGCGCCGCUCUGGCCGUCAGAGGCCGCUUCCUGGACGCCAGGAAGGAGGGAGCAGAGCAGCGGCGGCUCAUCGAGCGAGCGAUAGAGCAGAAUCAGAGAGCAGAGGACCAGCAGAUGUACCAGGACUGGGUCAGAACCAUGGAGCCCAUAAACCACAACAUUCACACUCUAGCCAGGAGGAGCGCUCUUCUGUCCUACUCUGAGCCUCUGACAGACGCUGGUGCAGCUCUGUUCAUCACCAUGAAGCACAGCAACAGGACGUCCAUGUAGCGCCGCCAAACGUCACACAAAGGCUCCGAGUCACUUUAUAUAAUUAUAAUAUUAUAUAAUUAAUAAAUGUAAUUAUGAAGCCACAGGAAA